AUGUUCAUUAAAGACUUAAGCAAUAAAUUUUAUUGUAAAUGGUCGCGAGACAUAAAUGAUGAUCUGGAGCUACCGGAUGGUCGGUCGGGUCCCCGCGCGGGGCCGUCCCUCACCACACGUGAUCUGCACGACAACUUCGCCAAUCAGUACCGACUCAAAGAGACCAAUACUCCUAAUUUAGGGCAAUCAUUGUUUUGGCACAAUCCUGUCGACCACUCCAACUACGAUGAUAUUAAAUUUGAACCGCUUUGGGACGUCACCGCACAGGACCUGGAAAAGCACCCCGAUGUGGAUAAAGUGUGCAGUGAUAGUACGGCGUGUGUCUACGACUAUGUGGUGACGGGAGACAGCGGUUACGCGGGACAGACCAAGAAGGACGAGGCGGCGGCCGAACUCAUACGCCGAGAUCUGACGGACAAAGCGACCCGAUGUCCGGCGUUGCCGAAGCCCAAGAAUGGGAGGAAAUCGGAGAACCGGUAUUGGCCCGGAACUAUCGUC